AUUGAAUAGCCGCAACAAAGCGUACACAGGAAAAAACUGCACAGUGUCCCUCCCUCUGUUGACCAAGAGAUGAAAAAUCAACCAACAAGGAGAUGAAGAAUGUUUCUUGAUGGAGGUUUUACCCACGAGAGGAGAGUCAAGAAACCGCUGCCGCACCGCGUUUGAUUUUCACAGGCCAAUCAUGCACAACGAGCAGUAGGUGUUUUUGAUAGAAUGUAGUUUCUCGACAGUUGUAUGUAGUGAGGUCACCGAACGGUUCUAACCGGGGAGUUUUUUUGCCACCUACCGUGAAAAACGCCCGGCAGUUUUCAAGCGGCCGGAAGCGUUUUUUGACAUAAAAAGUUUUCAACUACUAUCAAGCGGCCGGGGCUUUGAUAUCAAACAAGCCCGGUCGAAGACUAUCGAUUCGCACUUGAUAAAACGACGCAGGGGAGCCGGCAAAAGGGGCGCCCUUCUGAGACGCCCACCGCCUUGGUUUCUGGCGAUUUGGGGCGCCCAAAAAGGGGCGCGCAAAAAACGCGCCCGAAAUCAGAACAGCGAAACAGCAUGGCACGGCCGCGAUUUCGGAGCAUUUCGGGCGGCCGCGAAAGCGGCUGCCUUUUCGCCGGUUUCAGAGCCUGGGAAGCUUUGCAAAAAGCGCCGGCGUGAAAAAUAAAAACGCGAAAAAGAAAAAGCGCCCCAGACGCGCAAAGCCAAUCCGCGUGCUAUGGGCCCAAUUUUCCUCUGCUUUUUGGGCGCCCCUCGUGGCACCCGGAUCGGCCCCAUAGCAUGAGGGCUGGCUUUCGGAAAGGAAUUUCGGAGAUUUGCCAAAAUUGGCGACGUUUAUCGAGCGGCCGCCCUACCGUGCGGCCUAACGCUACGCACAGCGGUAUGGCGGGCCCAGAAAAAGCAAAGGCGCGGCCAAGGCGACGGCCGGCAAGAAAACGCCCACGGCCUCACUACCUCCGCCCCGGCGGCUAUAUUUGGUAGCAACAAUGUUGCCUGAGCCUGAAACUAUGUACGCAGAACAAAAUGCGUUUUUGCGGGAUUUGCACGCCGAACGGGAAAAGCGGGCUCAGGACAAGAGAAGCGUCUUUACAUUCCAGGGCCGUUAUGCUGUGCAUGUGGUGGAGCGGCCAGGCCAACAAAUCGGAACCCAGAUUUGGAAAGAGGGCACGAACGCAUUGGCAGAGGUGGUUUUGCCGCUUCUACUCUUGCAGCAAAAUACCGAAACAUCAGGUAUAAAGACUGUGGCCGAGGACAACUACAAGCAGGUCCCACCAAAUAGUUCUUUCGCAGACCCAGACGCCCUUGGAACUCCGGCAUCAAGAUGCAAUCCAACCGGUGAAGCUAAUGGCGCAGGAGCUCGUGGGAGUGGCUUCAGGACUAAUAAGAGAAGAACCGUGGUUCUUGAGCUCGGGUGUGGAACAGGCACAUUGGGGUUGAUUCUGGCACAGCAGACGCACGGACACGUAGACCAUAUUUACUUGACCGACCAUCCGAAAGUCCUGAGUAUCACUGAAACGAAUUUAAAGGCCAAUCAUGAUCAUUCUCCGAUAGAACACGGCGCGGGAAAGCGCCAAGUGGCAAUCAGCGUGCGCCGACUAGAUUGGUGUUGUCUGGACAAUGUGGACGCACGCAAUCUUGCAAAAGAGAUAUGUGUCGACGCUCACGAGGCACGAGAGUCACAAAGUGACGCAGACCAUGAAGAAAGGAAAACGCAUGACGAUUUUGGAAGCGAUAAAGGGAGUUGCAGCCCAUUCACGUCGGACUUUUUCAUUGUGGGCUCUGAAUGCGUGUACGACCGGAAUUUGGUAGAGCCGCUGCUGCGCACCAUAUGCGUUCUUUUGGAGCAACUCGGCGUAUCAAUGAAAAGGGCCUCAUCUGCGGGAGGUGACCUCACUGUGCGAGAAAACAUGCACCUCCAGAAGAGACCAAGGUUCAGAAUCUUUCUCAGCUUUGGAAGGAGCCGGCCUGAUGCCGAAGACAAGUUUCGAGCAAGCGCGAGGGAUUUCGGGUUUCGAGUCGUCGAUACGAAGGGCGACAACGAAAUAGACGGGGGCUAUCCAAAAGUUGUUGAACUUGUAGGAGACGAAACUUGACGCCUGGCUCUUUCAAAUUGGACGGACGAACAUAGCUUCAUGCUUUUGACACAUUCACAUAACGUUUAUUAUGUUUGACUACUCGACGACAGGAC